AUGACGCAAACGGGGCCCGUGGGGUGCUUACCUGCGUCUGGCGGUGCAUGUGAGAGGGCUGGUACGGGCGGCCAGUACGUGCAUUGUUCACACGUCACCGUCAGUCUGCCGAGCAUAAGUAUAAAAGGGGCGGCUGUGCCCAGGCAACUUGUCAUUCGCAUCCGAGUGUAUCGUGCCUUCACACCCUUCGCACAAAGUAUAGAGCGACAUGUUUUGGAAGGUAAAAGUGGUUACCAUAGACACUCGUUGGUGUUCGCGCUACUAGCAGUGAUCGAGGUUAUCCUGGGUCACCCUGAUGUCUACGAACCCGUUUAUAAGCCGGAACCCCUGCCGUACUACUUCAACUACGACGUGCACGACGACUACAAGGGCGCCCAUUUCGGCCAGAACGAGAAGUCGGACGGAAAAGCUGUCUACGGUUCCUAUACCGUCGCGCUCCCCGACGGCCGCAAGCAACUUGUUGAGUACACGGCCGACCACUACAAGGGCUUCGUGGCCAAGGUUGAGUACACGGCCGACCACUACAAGGGCUUCGUGGCCAAGGUUAGCUACUACGGCAAGGCCAAACACCCUAAGUACUACGGCCCUCCUAUUACCUUCAAGCCUUCCUACGGAUACCAUUAA